AUGGCCAACGACAACAAAAACUCGCAAGCACAGCCCGCAGAGGUCGCAGUUCCUGAAAAGGCCACCCUCUCGACAGCCACUACUGUCUGCGUUAUGCCCGUCGAAGUCUCAACACCUCGCUCCGAGCGCAGCAGCAACCCCUUUGACACCGACGUCGAGGCCGCCUUAAUCUCCCAAUCUACAACCCGCAAGAGCUGCAACAUCCCUAGAAACAACGAGUGCCAGGUUUGGCCCGGCAAGCAACACUGGAAGGACAAGGCCAAGGAUGCAAAGAUGAAGCGCAGCUGCACCUACAUGUCGCGGCUCAACCAUCGCCAGAAGAUUGCAGCCAAAAUCCUUCUCAUUGUCCUGAUUGUCGGCAUCGCUGUCGGCGUCGGCUUUGGCGUCAGCAAGCCUCUCGGUGCCCCGAUCUGGGGCAACAAGCCGGGCAACUAA